AUGAAGUUUUCAGCUAUCGUGUCUCUGUUUGCGGUGGCCGUGGCUGCCCAAAAGUCCAUCGAACAGAUUGUCUCGGAGCACCAGGAGCGGUUCCGACUCGCCAAGCGCGACGUUGUUCCUUCCAACGACUCAGACGAGACCGUGUCUGCAUUCGCAGCCUCCGUCCAGGACCGAUAUAUCAUUUUGUUCGAGCAGGGAGCCUCUCUCCAGACUCGAGAGGAGCACUACAACCAGGUCGACACUAUGACCUCAGCUCAGGGUGCUAUCUCCAACGUGUUUGGCUCUCUCGCUGACAUCGGACACAAGAUUACCCAGGGUAUUGAGGGAACCUAUGCCUUUGGUACGGCCAAGGAAGGUAGCCAGUCCUUGUACGGAUACUACGGCAAGUUCUCUGCCGACACAGUCGAGAAGAUCAAGAAUACCAAGGGUGUCAAGGUUGUGGAGAAGGAUUCCAUCGAAACCAUUGCUGCCCCUGCUGUCCAGUUCGACGAAGUACCUGAAGAACAGACUCUUGCUAAGCGACAGAGCAGCCCCACAUACUACCUCAAGCAGAACGCUACUUGGGGUAUUUCUCGAAUCUCACAGCGAAACAACCCCCUGGGCACCAACACUGAGGGCUUCUACUACUUCCGAGGUGCUACUACCGGUGCCGCCCCUCUUGUUUACGUGAUCGACACUGGUAUUCGAACCACUCACAAGCAGUUCUAUGGACGAGCCUCCUUUGGUGCCAACUUCAUUGACGACGUUGACACAGACGAGAAUGGACACGGUACACACGUCGCCGGUACCAUUGGUGCCUACGACUACGGCGUGUCCAUGUGGACCCGACUCAUCUCCGUCAAGAUUUUCGACAAGAACCGAAACGGUUCUCUGUCUGGUUUCCUAUCUGGUCUCUCGUGGGCCAUUGACCACCAUCUCAAGAACCCCAGCCAGCGAGCUAUUGUCAACUACUCUGGCUCCGGAGCUGUUUCGCAGGCUCGAGACGCUGCCGUUGCCAGAGCCAUCGCUGCCGGUCUUCCUGUUGUCGCUGCUGCUGGAAACGCUGCUGGCAACGCCUGCGACGUCGGACCCGCCAACAAUGCGAACGUGACCGGUUUCAUCUCUGUUGCCGCUUCCGACAACGAGGACGCCAUUGCCGGCUUCUCCAACUUUGGCAAAUGCGUCAACGUCUUCGCCCCUGGCGUUGACAUUCUGUCACUGUCCUUCCAGUCCGACACUGGUCUGGCUACCAUGUCUGGAACUUCCAUGGCCACUCCCCACGUAUCUGGAAUCAUGUCCUACUGGCUGACUCUCAACCUGGGCAUGACCCCUGCCCAGAUGGCUGAUCUUCUCACAGAGAACGCCACCCCCAUCAAGAUCAAGGGCAAUCAUCCCGACACCGUCAACCUCAUGGCCAACAACCUGGUGUUUGACUCAAACUCUCCUUAG